GUCACGUGAUGUACACUCAAAAGCGAAAAAGUCCAAUUGACAGGGAUUGCAUGACUUUUUAUGAAAGCUUUCAAUUUUAAGAUUAUCUCCUUUUCUUCUGAAAAUUUUGUUAUAAAGAGUUGAAUUCGAUUUGUUAUGUCUGGUAUUGCGAUCGGCCGAUUAACAGAGGAGAGAAAAGCUUGGCGAAAAGAUCAUCCUUUCGUAAGUGCUUACAUAGUUGCCCUACUUCAUGUGAAAAGCUUAAUGUUCGUCGUUUCAUUGAUUUUCCUAAGACGAUUUCGACAACUUUAUCUUUAAAUUGAAUGCUGUUGUUCUUAUAAGGGAUUUGUUGCCAAACCUGCAAAAAACCCCGAUGGUACGUUAAAUCUGAUGAACUGGGAGUGUGGUAAGUCUUACUGGAAUAUGAUCACUGCAUGCAUGAUCACUGUUUUCAAAAAAUCAAGGUUACUCUACAAAACUGCCAUCCUUGUAAAUACUUGCUUUUUGUUUCGAUAACGACACAAAAAGGAUAUUUGUUUGUUUCGUGAUAAAUCAAUAUUUUCUUUUUAUCUUUCCCACAGCGAUUCCUGGAAAGAAAUCGGUAUGUACGAUAAUGUUUUUGAAGUGGAGUUAAAUGAGAAAUAAUUGUUAAUCUUCCUGAAUCUCCUUCAUAUUAAACAUUAGCGAGAAAUUUUUUUUCCAGUCCUAAAAUAUCAGGUGGAUUCAAAAUAAUAAAAAUAGUAAUAAUAACUUUACCGGUCUCAGACACAAUCAUUCUUCAAUUUGUAAUUGUACGUACUUACAUUUAUGCCUGUUCUUUGUAAUUAUACCUAUGUUACAUAAGGAAAUUCUAGAAGAAAGAUUGCGGAAAGUUGACAAUUUUUUUUCCUGUUGCUAAAUGAUUUGAAAAUAUAUAUUUUUUGCCUUAUGACUUCUCACAUGUCGUUUAUUAUUUGUUAGACUCCUUGGGAAGGUGGAUGUUACACUCUGAGGAUGGUUUUCAAGGAUGAUUACCCUUCAACACCUCCUAAAUGUAGGAAUUUUUUAUCUUUUGUUUUUAUUCAAGGCGUGCUGGGGAUAUCUACCAAUUAAUUUAAUUUUCAGACAUUUCUUAUUGCUUCACAGAAAAGCCUUAGGGAGAGGUACCUAUGUUAUUUACAAGCUCAAAUUUUUUUCCAGCCCACUUUCCAGUGUCCUAGCUCCAUUCUCAUGCUAUUUCCCAUCAUGUCUUCAUUCCUCCUUCAGAAAACAGUGACCCAUAUACUCAAGAAGAUUGGCAAAGUUGGUGUAACAGACUGUUUUUACCUUUCCCUGUUUUCUUGUAAGAUCAUUGGAAUCUUUCAUCUUGACUGCUGGGGUGAAUAGCUUUGGAAAGGGAGGCAAAAAAAAUUAGGGAGGGUGUGUUAACUUCACCACAGCUCAUUUUCGAGGAGCAAUUGCCAGCCUCUGAUUCAUCAUUUUAUUGGCAUUGACAGUGCAUCUGGCUAGAGUGACAAGUUGGCAAUUCCAAAACUAGCUUUUGCGCAUAAUGAGAAAACAUCUUUUUUAGACAGUGUCUUAAGGUUGAUUUGCACUGACAUGUUUUUGGCUACGCGCGUUAACGCACAUAAAUUUUAAUCAUGUAAAUAAAAUAGAGGGAAGAUAAAAAGUGCUGAGCUAAAACGAGAAGUUGAGCGAGGUUCAACUUUUACGCUUACGAGCAACCUUUCAUGCAUUGCCUCUAUUUUAUUUACAAACGUAAAUUUUACGCACAUACACACGUAAAAAAUUAUGUGACACUGGAAAUCAACACUGAGUGAAGAAUUAGUGUUGUAAAUGAACUGAACAUGGCUUAUAUGGCUAUGUUGAUAUCCUGUACUUUGCAAGUUUAUUUUUAUACAUUGUUGUGACUAUUUUUAUUUUGGCCUGCUUCUGAUCGUACGUUUCUAUUUGGUUUUGUAAGUCCUUUAUACAGUAACAACAUUGUUUUCAGGGCUCCAAAAAAGUCUUGCCUGGUAGUGCAGGACAAGUAGAUUUUCUUACUGAGCAAGUAACUUUAAAAUCUCACUUGCCCAAUGGACAAGAGUCCAGGCAAUUCAUCCUCUAACCAGGCCUUCUCGUAGGGUGCGACAAAAAAUCAGAAAUUAUGUGGCAUUUUCAGGGCAGAUUGUGCGAUAAGAUAGGACUGUUAUGCAAUAAAUUAUGCAAUUUUUUCAGGGCUAAUUAACAUUGUUUUACCAAGUUUUGAAUUAGGAAAAUCACAUUAAUGUUGUUUAACAGGCAAUUUGAAUGUAAAAGAAUAAGAAAACAUCUAUUUUAAAACAAAAUAGUUAAGUUUGUCUAAUUAUCUUGACCCGGAAGAGAAAACAAAUUGUAAGAAAGAAAAAGGACACUUGUUUAAUAUUACAUGAUGCCGUUACACCACUGACCACACUGCUUGUCUCUGAAUGAAAAUGGCUGCCCAGAUACCGCUAUCAAAGGUUUGAGAUGUCUUGCAAGGCUUUCUUUUGUGGUAAAUCAUUAGAAUUUAUUGUUUACUUUACUUGAAUUUAGCAUUUCUUUUACGAAUUUAUCAUGUGAUUUUCCUCAAAUUGUGCAAUCUGAUGCGAUUUUGAGGCCAAAAAAUGUGCAAAAUCGCACCAUCGCAUAAUAUCAGAAGCCCUGUCUGACCAAUGCUUCCUUUAAACAAUGAGUUGGAAUCUUGCUGAUGCCAAAAUUUGACAAAGCACACCAAAAUUAUUGUACACCCGAAAUUUGAGAGGAAAUGCAUUUAAGGGAGACAUUUUAUUGGCUACCAUGUUGAAGGGCACACUGUUGCCCUCCAACAUGAUAGUUAUGCUCAGAUGUGCUGUAAAUGUUACCACAUCAUCUUUUCAACAUUGAUAUUCCAGGUUAUAAUAGAUCUAAUACAGGGAUAAUGAUAGCCUGCGAGCAAGCUCUCCUAUUUGGGCGAGUUAAACGUGUCUCGCGAGAACGCCCGAGCGAGCUGCUCGCUUCGCUUGCCCAAAUAGGAGAGCUUGCUUGCAGGCUAGGAUAAUGAGGUCGUUGAAAACAAUUAAUAACAAAUAGCAGUUGGACUGCGAGCAGUCUCCUAUUUUUCUUUGCAAAUUUACUGCACGAGAAACCCAAGCACGCGAGCCUCGAUAAACGUCACUCUGGUCCUAAUCCAGUAUUGUAACAUAACGUCGGGUUUGCAAUCGUGCUGGCUGAGAUAAGAACUAGACGGAUUUUAAGAGAAAAGGCGGACUGCAAGCAGUCUAGAUAGCAGUAAACUCAGGUCGACUCACCUGACUGUUUCGUUUAAGACCUUCAAGGUCUUCACUUGCCUUGAAACAGGAGCUCUAAAAUUAUUCUUCCCGAAGAAAUGCAUUCCCACUGGCGCCUCAGUUUUUCGUAAUACAGAGCCACACAAUUUAUGAUGUCUACCACAUUGUCGUCAUUGUGCACUUCCAUCAGUUCUGGUGGCCAUACCUUGGUCAGACUUACUCUGAGACUUACUUAACAAAUGCGCUGUCCAAAGGAUCGUCCAAGUCCGACCAGGCCCGUCCAGGAAAAAGCAGAAAAGGUCAAAUCCGUCAACAAAACAGGAAUCAGUGCAGAUCAAUGCACGUGACUUGUAACCUCAGUGAUUUGAUUCCUCUUUCCGAGUGACAAAAACGACGAAAAUAGUAAAUCGGAAAAGACGAACAAUAUACAAAAGUGAUAAUGGGCAAAAUUUGACAGGCUUCACUUCCUUUGACACUCAUAACUUGACUACAAAGGCGGUAUACACACUAAAGAACCAUUUUUCAGUCAACGCUAAUAAAUUUUUAGUCAAGACAAAACUAAAUUCCCGCAUCCCGCUAUUUUUCCCUUACGAUUCCCGCAUCCCAUCCCCAUAAAAAUAGGAAAUUCCGUUCCCGCUGGUUAUUAAAAUUCCCGCAUCCCGCUCCUGUUUUUAGCUCGCAUCCCGCGUAUCACCACGAAAAAUAGCCAAAUCCCGCAUCCUGCCAAACCUAUUGUGGACCCUCUGUUUAGGUAUGUAGGAAUACACGAAAACCAAGGGCCUUGAUUCGAGGGAAGUUACAUCAUUGCCAAAAUGCCAACAUGUGAUCAACCGUGACUCCAAUUUUGCUAAUAACCUAAUGCUGUUCGGUUUAGUUUGUUACUUUGAAUGAUUGAUGUUGUCAUAUAACGUUGGUCAGAAGUAGCAAUGGCUGUAGCAAUGCUUAAUUAUUAUCUCAACCUCUGAUUUCUCGUUUUCUGUACAUCAUUCUUAUUUAAAUUUUUGUUGAAAAUUUUAUCCUGCCUGCUUCUUAUUUUAAUUUGGUUUUCAAUUUCCGUUCAGGUGGUCCCGCUCAAGUUUUAACUCUCUUGCUCUGCUUACAAAAACAUUAAAACCUGCACAACUGAUUACACUGAAAGAUACAGAAUAUGCACGAAAACAUAGAUCACAAGCAAAUUCUUGCCUUGGUACGUCAUAGACUUUGUGAGCAAGAUGCUGUUGACACUUUCAAAACUUUUUAAAGCCUUAAUUAAUCACGAGCUGGAUGGCAGGAGCUUUUGAUAACUUUCUGUAUUUGGUGAGCAUACAUGUACUCGCUACUGGUUUGCUCACUGUAUUUUCUAUGAAACGUGAAAUCCCCAGUUUAUUUUUAAUGAAGCUACUAAACUAUAAUCAGUCUUAACCAGCUUUCAUAAAUGUUGUUGGUAGGAGACUACUUACAAAAAAUCCUUUUUUAAUGCAUAUGCGUGGCGUAUGAUAUGUGCUUCGUCGUUCACAUGGCUGCAGAAUCAGAGGUGCGACCACUCUUUGGCUCUCUUUGGUUAUUUUAUGUAAAAAUGGCUGGAACAGCUAACUCUUAUGACCUAGAGAUACCAGGUGGAAAUAAAAGAUUAAGCUUCGUGUAGCAAAGUUGAUUUUGGUGAUGUAUCAGUGUAAGAGGGAAGCUCCACAGCUGCCAAACAGCUCAAACCAAAAGAGAAACAAAUAGAAGAUGCCACUGGAAAAUUCAGAUAUGAUCAUUUUGGAUAUCUUUCCGUGGUCUAUUUAUAUGUUACUGUUUUUAAAUUAUUUGUCAUUUUCAAAUGCGUACUUUAGUUUGAAAAGGUUUUUCUGGACUAACAGGUUUUAAUAAUUGUAGUGACAUGCACAUGGCUGAGCAUGUAAUGUGGCAAAACCAAAACGUGACCAAAAUGGUGCUCCAUCGAUAUCACCGCUCGAAAUAAACCACCUCCUCAUCAUGAAGCUCAUUUGCAUACAAUGAAAGUUUACACCACUCGACCAACCAACCAACCAACCGACCGACCAACCAACCUUGAGUGCUCCCUAUAACCUAAGUUAACCAGUGGACCUCUAUGAAAACACAUCAUAAAAUUACAUUCAGAUUUUAUGUUAUAUUUUUGCUUAUGUCAUUAUUUAAAGCUGUUGCUUGUUCUUUCUAGAAGAAAGUAGCCGUCUUUUAUGAGCAAAGUAGCUGACACAUUAUGUCGGCCAUAGGUGCUUAUUGAAACCCCUGCUUACUUGAUGCCUAAGCCCCAGGUACAACUAAACCAAGAGGGUUGCUCAUUAAUAUGGUAACUGUAAAUCAUGUAAUUGACACUCCCUGUGAAAUAAAUGCUUAUUGUCUACUAAACAGCCUCUCUACAAUCUUUAGCUUGUAUUAUAGGCCCCUUUCCAAUACAUAUUAAUUACAGGUCAAAUUCGUCUUCAGGCUAAUUUUGAUUUAACGUAGGUUGAUUCUCAAUUUUCUUUGUCUCCUAACCCUAAGAGACAAAGGAAAUAAGGAAUCAACCUAGGUUAUAAAAAUUUAAUGAAAUCAAAUUUGACCCGUAACAUAUACAACCCCUGUCUAAUAGAUGCCCCCUCUCCCACCCCCACGCCAUGACAAUAGCUCCUAAAUACUAGGAAUUGGCAAAAAGAGUAAAAUCAUUCAAUUUAUUCAGUUUCUUGCUUGAUUAAUAAAAGUUUCGGCAUUGCAUCUUACUCAAUUUUGAGUUUAAAGUAAGUAUAAGCCAUCAAUGACCCUGAACAAGGAUUUUGACAUCCAAGAUGACACCUGAAAGAGGGAGAUGGAUCUUUGCAAAUGUAGAUGGCCUAGACAUACAGUAUUAGUUGAUGGACUAGAUGUUUCGCGUUUAUAAAAUGUCUUGACAUUUUUGUGGAGAGCAUAUUACUGUGGUUUUGUAGAGAUUGUUAAAUGGCUCUCUUUUUCAAACGCCUCCUGUUUAUUAAAUUCCUUCUCUUGGAGCCCUUUAAUUAAAUGUAAAAGCUACAGACAUCUAUUAGAUCAUAUAUGGUUUAUGAACAAUCUUAUUACAAAUAAUUCAGGGGGUUUGCAAAGAAUUUCUGAAAAUACAGUGAUGUACAUGUAUUUCCUUCCUGCUUGCUUCUUUGUUGUUAUACCCCUUCAUUCAGUCGAUAGUAGGAUUUGAGUCAGCUCAAACAGUGAAAAUUAGGGGACAAAGAGUGUUUUUAUCAUUAGAUUUUUCCUGUUGAAGACACGAGUCAGCAGGGUCAUAUUUCAGUACAUAACUAGUCAAGCAUGAAGUGUGCAAAAAUUAUGUAGAUGCUUAUCAUAUUUCUAACUGUGGUCAUGUUUACUGGUGUUAAUGUUUUCAUUUGGUGGUAGUGGAAUUAUCUUUAGCAGAGCAUUCACAUGGUGUGAAGAAUAACUUUAUUUGAUCAUUCACAUUCAUUUUACAAAGAUGAAGACUACAAAUGAAUUUUACACACCAUACAGUAGGAACAGGCUGUGAUACAGACCAUCCACAAUUUUGGAGUGUGUAUUUUGACACCUCAAUUUUCCUCAGUAAAAAACAUUUGUUGAUCUUAAAGCGUUACAAAGUAAAUGUAUUUCAAAGCUCUUUUUUUUUUUAAAAAAAAAAAAAAGAAGACAACUGGAUCCUACUUGCACAGCCAAAUUGUACAUGUACAGAAAAAAAAAUUGUUAUGGAAGUGUGAGAAUGGUGCCCUGGCUCAAACUCUGCAAAAGUGAAGGCUUCUUAUAAGAAAUUAAAUUUAAUGUAUUUUAAAUACUGGUUAUGAUAUAUACACGUAGUAAGACAAUAUUUAUUGUUAUAUCAUAUAACAAACUGUUUCAGUGUGAAAUGAUUAGGAAAUGAAGGCUUAAUAAACAGGGUAUCUUUUACUUUUUCAGGUAAAUUUGAACCUCCAAUCUUUCACCCUAAUGUAUAUCCAUCAGGAACAGUAUGUUUGUCUCUUCUGGAUGAAGAAAAGGAUUGGAGGCCAGCCGUCACUAUUAAACAAGUAAGAAAUCUGAACAAGCAUGACCAACCAAAGACAAUGCCAGCAUAAUGGCCUGGCGACAGCGAAAAUGCUGUAGAAACCCAAAAGCCCUUGUGAAGUCAUAAGUGCAUCUCCAAAAAUCACAUACAAGAGACUGCUGACUAGCAUUGUCUGGAGUUUAACUUAGUCUUAAUUUCAUUUAUCCCAAGGCUGUGGCUCUAAGGAAAAUUGGAGGGAGCCCAGUGCUCUGAAACUGUGAAAUGCAUGGCACCUAGUAUAUUUGUAUGAAAAAAACUAAGAUUUUCUAGUCACCGGAGAGUGAAAGUUGGGCACCAGGGGCCACUGGGCUCCACUAGAGCACAGGCUUGUAGCCACAUUCCAGAUUAAGAUUUUGUGUGCAGAAGUUUAUCAGUAAUUUUGUGAUUCAUUUUCUAGGUUUUAUUGGGAAUUCAAGACCUACUUAAUGAUCCUAACAUAAAAGACCCUGCACAGGCAGAAGCUUAUACUAUAUAUUGGUAAGUAACACAUGGUCAGAAAAUAUAUAUCAUCUGGGCUGAGUUGUUCAAAGCUGGGUUAAGAUAACCCAGGGUUAGUGCGAGAUUUGAAUUCAGAUUUGAAAGCUUAGAAAGCAUUUCAGUUUUAAUUCUUUUUGACUUCAAGUUGAUGAUUGGAAGCUCUAAAAAUAGCACAGAAAAUUAUCCAAGAAAAUGCUUUUGAACACAAGAAAAAGAAAUGCAGGUUAAAUUUAACCCCAGUUUAAGCGCUAAUUGGCCUUCGAACAACUCUGGACUUUACAACUGGUUUUGCCUGGUUCAUUAGGUAAAUUAAACUAAGAAAUUCAUGUGAUUUUUCUGUCUGUAUUCCUGACAAAAUUUUGAAAAUGGGAACUAGAGCUUUGAAAUGAGCUGCCACUUUGAGUAAGGGGAAAUUUUCUUAUCCACCAGCUACUUUGUUUCUUUGCCUCACAAGAGAAUUUGUUCUUAAAAAGGAACAUUUAAAUACUAGAACUACCUUUUUAUGUCAUAAAAAUAAUCCAAAGGUACAUUUAGUUUGAGUAUUUAAAUUUUCCUGUUUUAAGGACAAUUUAUUUCUCUGGUGAAGUGAAGAAACAAGGUAGCUGGUGGGUCAUAAAAUUUCCUAUUAAAUCAACACAGCACCCAUACAUGUACCUUUUAACUCAUUUUUUAACAGAAAAAAACAUACUUUGUUGUUAGGAAAUAUGACCCAGAUGCCUUGUGUAGAUGUUUGAAUGUUGGUAACACAAUAUAAAGUAAUCUAAUUUUACUGAUUGUUUUUUUGUUACGUCUUUUUGCUUGUUUUGCUUCGCAAAAUUACUAUUUUCAUUUAUUAUGCUUUUUCUGCAGCCAAAAUAGAGCAGAGUAUGACAAAAGAGUCAAGUCCCAAGCACAAAAAAUGGCUCCCAAAUGAAAAAGGAUUAGCUAUGGUAAACCUUUGCUAUGAACAAAGAACUUUACUAAAAACAAGCAGAAGGACUAAAUGCCUUAUUCAUCUUCUCCAUGGGACAUUCUACAUGAAAAGGGGAAAAGGGAGAUGUUACAAGAUUAUUUGUCUUUACUGGUUGUCAGUUUUGUUCAUAAAUCAAGAGAACGUCAUGUUGCAUAUAAUCCUCUUCUGAGGGUGUUGGUCCAUUUUCGUGCUGUACUGUGAGGUUACCUUAUAUUUUACAAGCUUCUUGUCUUUCUUUGCGUCACUUUGUACUCAAGAGACAUGGAUUUUUAGUGAUUUCUCAGUGGUCAAAACUGCUCAAGUGCACAGGUUUUGUUAAAGAAAGAUGAUAAUAAUAAUUAUUAUUAUUGACUGUCUUACAGCUCUUUGCAUUUAUAAGGCUGAUUGAAGCAUCUUAAUGGAUAUGUAGUUCUUUCUUAUUAACUCUUUACAGUGGAACCUUGAUUUAAAAAAUCUCUACACAAUGGAAGUCUUCAGUAUAAGGAAUGCUAUUCCUAGCCCCAGUAGUAGUAAAGUAUAAAAAAAAAGAACCUCGACAUAACGAAACCUCAUUAUAGCAAACAUAUUUUGUCAGUCCCUUGGCCAUUUGUUAUAUCGAAGUUCCACUGUAUCUUGAAAUCUGGUUUGGAUUGUUUCAUUCCUGGCAUGGUAGGGCAUAAAAUAAUGUACUUGAUGUUUCACAGAAAUCAUGAUUAUUUUAAUGUGUUGCUGUAAGUAUUAGACAGCAAAGCUGUUCAUAAAAUAGUUUAGUUGAACCUCAAUUAUCUGGCCCCUGAUUAUAGGAACCAGACUUCUUGUUACCUUGA